GCUGACGCUACUGUCGCUGCAGUCCCAGGCCGGGCACAAGCUCUCCAGUGCGGCCGGGACAGGGGCGCAGUGCUCGGUCAGAUCACCUCCGACCCUCGGUGCUUGUGCUGAGUCUUUGCUGACUCUGCUGACAGACUCCGGGCUGUGGGAGCGGGCUGUGCCACCGGAGGUAACUCGUCAGUCUCUGAAGCGGAUGUGAGACGCGGCAGUGGGCAGACUUAGCGCAGUUUAUCUCGUGGAUGCGCUCCGCGUUAUCAGCCGUGGACACGCGCUGCCGCUCCUCGGCCAGACUGUGCACGCGUCAGUCUGCUCAGGAGGAACCUGUUCAGAUAAUAGAGAGUUUUUCAUCUUAGCGUUUCCUCGCCUCUUGUGAGAGUCUAAAAGUGACGGUCACAUUGCAGACUAUUGAGUCAUCACAAAGCAGUGGCGUCAUGUCUCGCCGUAGCACGCGCCUGAUCUCGGGGGGAUACUACCACUCAGACGAAGAGUCGGACUCCAGCAGCGUCACCACUAUCUCCUACAGAGAGAACCCUGUCAAGGUGUUUAAGAAGAAAAGCGGAGGCCGAAAGAAGCGGUCAGAGACAGAUGUGAGUCCUGUCAGCUCCAGGACUAGUCCGGAGCAGACACAGGAGGCUUCACCUGCAAACUGGAGAGCUAUCUCCAGACCGGCCCUGCGGAGUCCUACCCCUGUCCCCUCAGCCCCGUCUGCCCCCUCUGCCCCCUCCCCUCUUGGAACCACCAGGAGCAGGCCUGUGUUACACUUCCAGCUCCAGCCAGAACGUGCCCAGAGCGGGGUGGACAGUUCAGGGUACUCAUCGUCCGAAGACCCCCGCAGGAGUUCCAGCAGCUGCAGCGGCAGUGGACCAAGGGGCGGUGCAGGGGCCCGGACAGCGUCUAGGGCGGUGUCCAGGGAGUGGCUGACCGACGCUGCGUCCAGACUGAAAGAUGUGGCGACAGGAGCGAUGGCAGUGGUCCAAUCCAGUAGCAGUAGGGUCGUCCAGCUGGCUCGCUCCGGUUGGCCCUUCACACCGGCCGCGGGUGUCAGGAGUGUCACGGCAAAGCCCUCGUCCAGCGCUCGGAUGAAGAAGCUGUGUGGCCUGCUCCCGCUCCUGCUCCUCCUCCUCCUGCUCCUCCUCCUCCUUGGUGCCUGGUGGACUUCCCUCCUUUCUGGACUGAUCUUCAGGACUGGACCCUCCCUGACAGUCCCUGCUGAGUCCAUCCCUGGUUCUCCGCCUGCUGCUCUGGACGCUGCCGUUGUGUCUGCUGCUGUAGAGGCGAAGCUGCGGUAUAUUCAGAGAGAAAUGCAACUUAAAAAUGACCUUCUUGUGGCCGAGCUGAAGCGACAGGUGCAAAUGGAGCUGCAGGUGAUCAGACAGAGCAGUGAGCAGAAGGAGCAGAGACAGGAGCAGAAACAGGCCCAGAGACAGGAGCAGGAGCAGCGACAGGAGCAGCAGCAGGAGCGGCGCCUGUUGGAUCUUCAGUCCACCCUGCAGCAGCUCCAGUCCCACAGUGAAAGGUCUGCAGAGGACCUUCUCCUCAGGCUGAGCGCGCUAGAGGAGCAGAUGUCCCAGAUGGAGCAGAAAGCAGAUCCCCUUGUGGCCCCUCUCCCGGCCCCCAUCCCUUCCCCCUCCCUCUCCCCAGAGCUGGAGCAGGCCCUGGACGUGUGGCUGACCCGGCGCCUGCAGGACCAGGCUGCUGCCCACACGGGGACCUCAGGGACAUGUGGGACCUGUGGACGUCCUCUGGCGGACAAGAUGGCCGACUUCGCCCUGGAGUCUCAGGGGGCCAGCGUGAUCAGCACUCGUUGCUCGGAGACAUAUCGGACUCGCUCGGCCUGUGUGUCCCUGUUUGGCCUGCCGCUGUGGUACCCCUCAGAGAGCCCCCGCACUGUCAUCCAGGGUCCGGCCGUGCUGCUCCCAGGGAAGUGCUGGGCGUUCCAUGGUGUUCAGGGCAUUCUGGUUAUCGCUCUGUCUCAUCCAAUCAGAAUCAGCCAUGUGAGCCUGGAUCACCUGCCCCGCCACAACUCCCCCACAGGUCGCAUCGAUUCCGCCCCCAAGGACUUCCAAGUCUAUGGCAUGACCAAUGAAACAGAGCAGGGGACAUUACUGGGAACCUUCACGUACGACGAGGACGGGGAGCCCACACAGACCUUCAGCCUCCCUGGCCUGACUGAGGAAGUGUACAAUAUGGUGGAGCUGAGGGUCCUAUCUAACUGGGGGCAUGUGCAGUAUACAUGUGUGUACCGCUUCCGUGUGCACGGACAACUGGCCUCCACAUGACAUGUACCUGUUUAUUAGGAAUAAGCUCUGCAGUCUCUGUUUCUAAUUUAUUACAAAGAUGAAUAAAAUAUAUUGGUAUUUUCUCA